AAAGAACGUGAAAGAUGCGCGCUAACCCACCAUCCUUGCGGUGGCUUCUUUGAAGAGAGAGAGAGAGAGAGAGAAAAUAAAGUUAGUUUGGAGACGUUAACGGACUCAAACUGCUUUUAUUCGCCGGAAUUUGGGACUUUUCUAAAGUCCGGUUAGGGUUUAUUUCACUUCACUCUUCAAUUCUUCAUUAAUUCACACUCUAGCAGCAAUUACCAACCAUCAGAAUCUUACGGGUAUUUUCUACUUCUAAAAGAUCCAAUUUUGCAACUCUUUAUGUCCACAGAUUCAUCAAAAUCUGCAGUUUGGAAAAUAUUAUGAUGUUUACACCUCAAAAGGUGUGGUCGGGUUGGAGGGGGGACGAGAAGGGUGGUGAUUCGAACCCUAGUUCAAGCCGUAAGGAUAAGGGUUUUGCAAUUGGGGAUUCUACACCCAAGGGUUUGGUCUCCAACGUUGGGAUUAUGGAUCAAGAUGUUGUCGUUGAUAGAAUUAAUAGCCUCGAAAAGGAGCUCUAUGAGUACCAAUACAACAUGGGGCUUCUCCUCAUUGAGAAAAAGGAAUGGACUUCUAAAAAUGAACAAUUUGAGCAAGCAUUAGCCGAAACCAAGGAGCUUCUUCAACGAGAGCAAACAGCUCAUCUUAUUGCAAUGUCAGAGGUGGAGAAACGAGAAGAGAAGUUAAGAAAAGCAUUAGGAGUUGAAAAACAUUGUGUUACUGAGUUAGAGAAGGCUUUGCGUGAAAUGCGAUCAGAAUAUGCAGAAAUAAAAUUCACCGCUGAUUCAAAGCUGGAAGAAGCACAUGCAUUGUCUGCUAGCAUUGAAGGGAGGUCACUAGAAGUUGAGUCAAAACUACGUGAGGCUGAUGCUAAGCUUGCUGAGGUCAGCAGGAAGUCAUCAGAGAUUCAAAGAAAAUCUAUUGAGAUCGAGGCAAAAGAAAGCUCACUUAUGAGAGAAAGGAUGUCUUUUAAUAACGAGAGAGACGCACACGAACGCAAUUUAUCUCACCAAAGGGAGGAUUUAAGAGAAUGGGAGAAGAAGUUACAGGAGGGAGAGGAGAAAUUGGCUGAGCUUCGUAGAUUGAUUACUCAAAGAGAGGAGCUCGCAAACGAUAAUGAUAAAAUAUUUAAACAGAAACGAAUUGAUGUUGAAGAAGCCCAAAAAAAGAUUGAAAUGGCUAAUUCAGCUUUGAAAACAAAAGAAAAUGAAAUAAGCACGAGGAUGGAAAACCUAGCUUCGAAAGAGAAGGAAGCUGCUGCUAUGAGAAAGAGCUUGGAGGUAAAAGAAAAGGAAUUACGAGAGCUAGUGGAGAAGCUUAAUGCAAGAGAAAAGGUAGAGAUUCAAAAACUUUUGGAUGAACACAAGGCCAUAUUGGACAUAAAAACACACGAAUUUGAGUUAGAAAUGGAGCAAAAGAGAAAAUCAUUAGAUGAGGAUUUCAAAAUUAAGGUUGCGGAUGUGGAGAAAAAGGAAGUCGAAGUGAAUCAUUUGGAGGGUAAAAUUAAAAAAAGAGAAGAAGCACUAGAAAAGAAAUCAGAGAAAAUUAAGGAGAAAGAGAAGGAUUUUGCCAAAAAGUCGAAAACUUUGAAGGAGAACGAGAAGUCUCUUAAAGACGAAGAGAAGAACUUAGAGAAAGAAAGGAAAGAAUUAAGCAGUGAAAGGGAAAGUUCGCUAAAUCUCAAGACCGAACUUGAGAAAUUGAGUACCGAAAUUGAAGAACAAAGAUUGAAGGUAAUCAAAGAACGGGAAAGACUUAAAGUAAAGGAAGAAGAACGGGCUGAAUUUGUUCGUUUACAGUUGGAAUUAAAGCAAGAGAUGGAGAAAACUAGGCAAGAAAGGGAAUCGUUGCUGAUGGAACGGGAGAAUCUGAAGCAAGAGAAGGAGAAAUUUGAAAAAGAAUGGGAAGAACUUGAUGAGAAACGAGCCGAGAUAAAGAAGGAAUUGGAGUCUGUUGCUGUACAGAAAGAAAAAAUGGAAAAAUUGAAUUGUUUAGAAGAAGAAAAACUGAAAAAUCUGAGGUCGGAAACCGAGAGCUACGUAGAGAGAGAGUUGGAAUCUUUGAAGUUAGAUAAAGAAUCAUUUGCUGCUAACAUGGAGCAUGAGAAAACUGCGUUAUCGGAAAAAUAUAGCAGCAAAGAAUCCCAAAUGCUUCAUGAUUUUGAAGUGAAGAAACAAGAACUCGAGGCCGAAUUGCGAAACAGAGAAACAGAGAUGGAAAACCGCAUGCAUGAACAGGAGAAAUCAUUUGAAGAACAAAGAGAAAGAGAGUUAGCAAAUGUGAAAUACUUGAGCGGUGUUGCAAGUAGAGAAAUGGAAGAAAUGAAAUUAGAAAAAAUACAGUUAGAAAAGGAAAAACACGAUGUUUUUGCUAAUCAGAAGCAUCUAGAAGGUCAACAGCUUGAAAUGAAAAGAGAUAUUGAUGAUCUUGUUGGGCUUAGCAUGAAAUUAAAAGACCAACGCGAACAAUUCUUUAAAGAAAGAGAACGGUUUGUUGCGUUUGUUGAGAAACAAAAGGGAUGUAAGGAAUGUGGAGAGAUAGUUUCUGAGUUUAUUUUAUCUGAUCUCCAAUCGUUAGCGGAAAUUAAGAACGCUGAUAAUUUCGCUUUACCAAAAUUAGCGGAUGGUUAUUUGAAAGAAGCUAUUCAGGUCACUUCUGAAAAUACGAAACCGAAUGUGGGGACUUCUAUGGGUGAUUCAGGAUCACCUGGUUCCGGUAGUAAAACGUUAAACUGGUUGAAAAAAUGUACAUCUAUAUUCUCAGCAACGAAGAAGAAAGAAAAUGAGGCUGGUGAAACAGAAGCACAAGAGAAGCUUGUAGACGUUGGAGAAAUACCAGAAUAUAUACUGAGCUCAGAGGAUGAACCUGAACCUGAUCCUGAACCUGAAGUAUCAGCUAAGAUCGCACAAGAUUCUUUUGAUGUCCAACGACAGGUGGAUCAAUCAGCUGACGAUGAUCAUAAACACAUCAACCAAACUCAUGAGAUCGAAGAAGUUUCUGAGCAGCCUGAUGGGAAUGAAGGUCAAAGUAAGUCAACCCAGAGGCAGAGACCCAGGGCUACUCGUUCUAGGACUACUACCGAGAAUUCUAAUGGUGUAGCAGAACGCUCUGUGAGCCAGGGGGUUUCAAGAGGCGGGAGCCGUAAGCGUGCAAGUGAACAUGAACCUGAGCACAGUGAACAACAUGACGGUGUCACAAAUGGGCCCCGCAGGAACAGGAGGCAGAAAGUUGCUAGAGAUGUUGAGGCUCCGGUAGUAAAACGAUACAACCUGCGGCGACCUAAGACGGGAGGAGCUCCCACUGCUGGCGGUGGAACCUUAUCUAAUCCAAGUACAGAGAAUGUUGUUGGUAGAAAAAGAAGAGCCCCCGGAUCGAAGGUUCAGUCAGGAGCUUCAACUAGUAUGGCUAGCGGAACGCAUGCUGGAGACUCACAAGCCAGUCAGAAGGAGGCUGUGGAUUUCGAGAAUGAGGUAGCAAACAAGUUUCCAGAAGAUAUGGCUAUGAGUGAAGAAGUCAACAGGACACCUCAGCAGGUUAGAGAGAGCCACAAUGAUGAACAUGAGGUUGGAACUCCUGGCGCACGUAACCAGGAAGAAGAAGAUGAUGACAAUGAUUCCGAAGAUGAAGAGAUUGAACAUCCUGGUGAAGUUUCUAUCGGAAGAAAGCUAUGGACUUUUAUCUCGACAUGAUGACGAGAGUGAAAGAAAGCCUUUUAUGCAUAGGGUCCUAACAUUUUUUUUCCUUUUUGGUGUCGAGAGUUGUUUGUUGUGUUUUCUAGAGUCGGUUGUGUAUUAGUUGUUCUGAUGUAGUCAUGGUACCUAGUAGCUAGGCUUUAGAAGUUAUGGCAUUGGUAUGGUAUGGUAUGUAUGGUGGUGGUAUAUCAUCAUCAUCAUCCUUAGAUUGUUUUUGCAGUGAGAAGAGAUGCUGCUACAUGUAAAACCUUCACACUUGUUUUUCAUUUUCUUGUGUGGUGUUUGUUACCUUUUCUCUUUCUUAAUUCU